AUGGAGGUUAUCAGCAGAGCUCAGGCGGCUACUUGUGAAUUCCUUAAUGCUCAAAAGCCUCAGAAGAAUCUGGUUCAAUGCAAGAAUCUCCAAAACCAUCAGCUGCAGCAACAUUGGAUACCACCUGAAGAAGGGUGGGUCAAGGUAAACAGUGAUGCUUCCCAAGGUGCUACCAUGGAGAAAGGAGGACUAGGCCUUAUUAUUAGAGAUCAUCUGGGCAGGCCUCUUCGUGCUGUCUCUGAACCUUGUUCCUUUCAAUCCAUUCGGUUGGGGGAAGCCUUAGCCUUGAGAGCAGGUAUGAUACAGGCUUUGAAUGAUGGGUGGACCAAGGUCAGAUUUGAAUCUGAUAAUCUGGAAAUGAUCUCCUACCUUACCAGGCAGCAGUGCAACAUCCCCUUGGAGGUGCCCCCAGUUAUCAAUGAUGUCUUUCACCUUUCCCCAUCCUUCACUCUUGUGUCUUUUUCUCAUAUUUCUUGA